GUUUGCAUUCACCGAGUUAGAUCGUGCAGCAGCAUUCGCUUUAUAAAAUCAAAAUACGUGUGCGUGUUUGACAAAUCUGCCCUCAAGUUUAGUCAUCAACAGCGAUUAUUCAGAACAUCUGCUGUUUCAUGUGGCCAAAUUGUCCAGUUUAAGCUUUCUGACAUUGGAGAAGGGAUUACGGAGGUGACUGUAAAAGAAUGGUAUAUAAAGGAAGGUGAUAGCGUGUCUCAGUUUGAUAGCAUCUGUGAAGUACAAAGCGAUAAAGCUUCCGUUACUAUUACUAGUCGUUAUGAUGGCAUCAUUAGAAAACUCCAUUACAAUUUAGAUGAAAUUGCUUAUGUUGGAAAACCAUUAGUGGACAUCGAAAUCGAUGCUUCAAAAGGCGUUGCCCCAGAAGAAGAUGUUGUUGAAACACCUCCUAUGUCUCAUGAAGAGCACACUCACCAAGAGAUAAAAGGUCACAAAACAUUAGCAACCCCUGCAGUUCGCCGUCUGGCCAUGGAGAACAAUAUUAAAUUGAGUGAAGUUGUUGGAACAGGGAAAGAUAACAGAAUCCUUAAAGAAGACAUACUCAAUUAUUUGGCCAAACAAACAGGAGCUAUUUUACCCCCAUCACCGAAGGCUGAAAUUAUCCCACCUUUGCCAAAAUCAGAGACUGUGCCAGCUGCUCCAAAGGACAAAGUACGCAAAAUUCCUGUGCCUGUUUCCAGACCCAUUGUGUUUUCAGGAAAAGAUAAAACUGAACCUGUAACAGGUUUUCAGAAGGCAAUGGUAAAGACUAUGAGUGCAGCCCUGAAGAUUCCCCACUUCGGUUAUUGUGAUGAGAUUGAUUUGACUCAGCUUGUUCAGUUGCGAGAAGAGCUGAAACCUCUAGCACAAAUUCGUGGAGUUAAGCUUUCCUUUAUGCCUUUCUUCAUAAAGGCAGCCUCUCUGGGAUUAUUGCAGUAUCCCAUUCUUAAUGCUUCUUUGGAUGAAAGCUGUCAACAUGUCACAUAUAAGGCUUCGCACAACAUUGGAGUUGCUAUGGACACAGAGCAAGGUUUAAUUGUCCCAAACGUGAAAAACGUUCAAGUCUGUAGUGUCUUUGAGAUUGCUUCUGAAUUAAAUCGCCUACAGUCCUUGGGCUCUGCAGGCCAACUGGGAACAAAUGACCUCACUGGGGGAACAUUCACCCUUUCAAAUAUCGGCACAAUUGGUGGCACUUACACCAAACCUGUGAUACUACCUCCUGAAGUAGCUAUUGGAGCACUUGGAAAGAUACAGGUUCUUCCUCGGUUUAAUGGGAAAGGUGAAGUAUUUAAGGCGCAGAUAAUGAAUGUGAGCUGGUCAGCUGAUCACCGCGUCAUUGACGGAGCUACAAUGGCCCGGUUUUCCAACUUGUGGAAAUCUUACUUGGAGAACCCUGCUUCGAUGCUGCUAGACCUUAAAUAAAGGAAACCCUGACUAGAAUAUGCCUUUGAACUUUGUGGAUUAGACUGAAUAAUUACAAAACCUGGCUCUGCUAGCACGUGCCCUUUGCUACUCACAUGUGUAAUGAUCUUACGUGGUUAAAAGUUCUCAGCAGCUGGUAUCAGUCUAUCAAUGAAUUGUUACUUCCUUUAAUUAGUAGUGCUGUAAUUUCUUCUACAGCAGACUGUCAGUAGGUCAUGGCGUGACUUCUGAAUAUGGUGAUGGAAUGUCUUUAUUUUGCUUUUUAUAAUACAUACGGUUUGUGAGGCUGGGGUGACUGAAUGAUACUGAUGUACAUCUGCAGUAUUUAUAAUCUGAUUAACCUGUUUUGAAGGGAAAUACUCAUAGUUCUUCGUUAUUGGACACGUAAAUUUACUUUAACAAAUAAUAUCCAAAUUCCCAAAAGAAGUUAUGCAAAAAUCAUAUACAAAUAAAAUGCCUUUUAUGCUUCUGC